UGGAUAAAGGGCCCAAAACAGAAACCAUUCCGCUCAGAGUCGUGUCUGGUGACACUACAGAAUCGGUAUGUCCUGGCGAUCGCUAGCCUUUCUGCCUUUCCUGAUUAUACGAAGUCUGUGGUGUACUGCGAGCCAGGUCGUGCUGUCAUCAACGAUAGUGAUGCCUUCUUUCGCAUUCCAUCCGCUGCUGGCUCUACUUGGACCAAGCCAGCUCCAUCCUUGCCGGAGGCACUAUGGCAAUGCAGGGCUGCCGAAUUGGACGAUCGCAUCUUCGUGGUGGGUGAAUGUGUCAGUGAGUUCACCACUGUCAGGGUUGCCGUCUUCUGUCCUCAGAUGGGUGUUGACAAGAACAAUUCACUGCGACUUGGGGGACAGUGGUUUCUACUGUCACCAGAGUCCUCGCCAUCCUGGCUUUCUACUAACCUCGUGAGCCACACUGGUCCACAAAGAUAUUUCGAGGAAUUUGGUACUUCCCUGUGCUUCCAACCCUGCAGUGAAGAAGAGCUUGAAAACAUGAAGCAAGAGGAAGAAGCUGUAUCCGAAGCAGUAACAAAUAAGACUAGGGAAUCUCCGGUUCCAGAGCACUCCGCGGCUUCAGACAACCACGAUUCUGCGAAACGUGGAAAGAAGGAUAAGCCGACCACACUCCCUGAUUCAGACCCAUUCAGUAAAUGGCGUUGGCGGCCAUUCUGUGCGCCUGACAAGGCUCUGGAUGUCUGCUAUGCCGGUGUAAUCAGCGUUGCUUUAUCAAGUGGCCGACAGUGA